AUAUAGUUCAAAUUUAUAUUGUUUAAUUAUCUUUACAUAGCUGUACAGUGAUAAAUAAUAACAUGUGUGAAAAAAGCAUGUCUUUUCUGAAUACCUUUGACAGCAUCAAAAAAUUUGGACCAUUUAAACCACAUUCAGUGGAUAUAGAUAACAUUGUUUUUAAAUUACACUACAGGGUAACAGUAGCAAUUUUGCUCGUAUGUUCCGUAUUGGUUACUUCUAGACAAUACAUUGGUGAACACAUACGAUGUCUGACCGAUAAGUCAAUAGCAGAAAAUGUAAUAAAUACGUAUUGUUUUUUUAUGUCAACUUUUACUGUGAAUAAACAUCAUGAUGCAAAAAUGGUAGACUCUUUCGCCAUACCACAUCCAGGUGUAGGACCUUAUGGUAUAGGUUCUAAAGAAGCAAUCCAAAAUCACACUUAUUACCAAUGGGUUCCUUUUGUUUUAUUUUUCCAAGCACUCAUGUUUUACGUUACUCGAAAAUUAUGGAAGGUUUGGGAAGGAAACAGAAUUAAAAACUUAGCCGAUACAUUAGAAGCUACGGCAUAUUCCUAUUUGGAUAAGCCUUUAGAACACAAUGGUGUUAAGAUUCCUUCAUCAAAAGAAAGGGAAGAAGCUAUAAAUAGAAUAAAAUUAUCAUUUGUUGAUAGACUAUAUGUAAAUAGAUCUUGGGCGAGGUAUUUAAUAAUAUGCGAAAUAUUAAAUGUUUUGCAUGUUAUUGUUCAAUUUUAUUUGACUGACAAAUUUCUAAAUAAUAGUUUUCUGACUCUUGGCUUUACAAUGAUGAGGGAAGGAAUUAAUUCCAGUGUCACCGUUUUUGACAGAGUAUUUCCAAAGGUGACAAAAUGUUCUUUCCGAAAAUAUGGACCAUCUGGAUCAAUUCAAGAACAUGAUACAAUGUGUAUUAUGGCUUUAAAUAUUAUUAAUGAAAAAAUAUAUGGUUUUUUAUGGUUUUGGUUUGUGUUUUUAUUAUUUGUCUCCGCUAUGGGUUUAAUAUGGAGAAUUUUAACAUUUAUUUUGUAUUCACGAAGUAGAACAUUUAAUCGAAUUGUUUAUUCGAAUACAAGUCCAGGGAAAUUAAAUCCAUGGAAUGGCCCGAAAGUAACAUAUUAUAGUAAUUUUUCAGAGUGGUUAUUCCUAAAAUAUUUAUCAAAAAAUGUGGAUGGACUGGUAUUUAAAGAAAUAGUGCUGGGAAUAGCUGAAGAUAUUCAAGAGAAAAAACCUUUGGCCAGUGAAUAUAAUAAUUGUACCUACUAACAAAUAUUCUUAAAACAUAGUUAUUGUUUAUUUUUUGUAAUUUACAUUAAACACA